AUGUCGCUGAGUGGUAGGAAUACUUUUGUGUCUUACAUAUUUGAAAUAGCAUACGUGGUACAUAACACACAAGAUCGCCUCGCACUGUGUGGCUCCAUCGGAGAGCUUGGUCUUUGGCAGCUUGAAGAUGCGGUACUCGCCAGGGAAAUGCCGCCAAAAUCAGGAACGUGGUUUGCUGCCGUGGAACUUCCGCCAAAGUCGGAGUUCAGUUGGAAAUGGGUUGUUUUGAAUGACCAGAAACAUGCGGUACGCUGGGAAGAGAGGCCACCAAGAAACCACAGGACAGGGGUUUAUCACGGAAGGCUGCACACGUGUUGGAAUGGCGGAGAGACUCUGUCCAUUUCACAGAAACAAAAAUUUAAACAUAUUGGAAUAGAUGAUGCUGGCGAUGAAAAUGAAGAAGAAAGCAGCACAAUAUCUUCGUUGAAUACGGUAAAAUUGUGGACGGCAGACGAAGAUAUUUUUGCCCCUAGAUAUUCUCUUCCGUCUAUUGUCAGUACCCAUGAUAUCAAACCGAAUCAUGAUGAAGUGUCAGCUCAGGAAGUAAUUCGCCGACAAACUUUAUUGGAAAAGUCAAGCACGAAAAGAAUAGAAACCCCGGAGUUUCCAAAACUGUCAAAUUUCUUUGAAAAUCAAAGACGGAGACUCUCCGAAUGGGUCGUUCGCGUCCAACAUUUUAUGUACACUCUUAUUGAAAUAAAUUACAGUUAG